AUGGGGGCUGGCGGCUGCGAUCCGCCGACUGGCGACGUGGAAGAGGAUGCCUCGCAGCUCAUCUUCCCCAAAUACUUUGAAACAGCUGAGACCCUUCUGAACUCCAAAGUUCACAUGCUUCUGGAGCAUCGGAAGCAGCAGAAUGAGAGUGCAGAGGAUGAGCAGGAGCUCUCUGAGGUCUUCAUGAAAACCUUAAGCUACACUGCCCGUUUCAGCCGCUUCAAAACCAGAGAGACCAUUGCCAGUGUCCAUAGCUUGCUUCUUCAGAAAAAGCUACAUAAGUUUGAGUUGGCUUGUUUGGCCAGCCUUUGCCCAGAGACUGCUGAGGAGUCCAAGGCUCUGAUCCCAAGCCUGGAAGGGCAUUUUAAAGAUGAGGAACUGCAGCAGAUUCCUGAUGACAUGCAGACCAAGCGUAGCUUCCAGUACUGA